GCAGUGCCGCUGGAGGAACGCCUCCAAAACAUCUCAUCCUUUUACGCAAAAAAAGCCUGUUUCAUUCCAUGCGGUGCCGUUUGUAUUAAUAUAUAUACAACCUCCGGACUCUCACAGACACCUCAUUGUAGUAUCGGCAUCAUCCUGACCGAUUAUCCGCCAGUUUUUCGGGAAUAAACCUCGGAGUUGUUCCACUACCCGAGCGCAUACGGCUUGCAUCGUGGCUCUUUCAGAAGUGGCAUGUUCGAGGGAUACUGCGGACACAAUUGAACUCCUGCUUUCACCCGAAGAGGAUUCAAUGAAAAUGUCCGUGUGCGUCCAUGAGAACCGGAAAUCACGAGCCAGCACUGGCUCGAUGAACAUCUACCUGUUCCACAAAUCCUCCUAUGCCGACAGUGUCCUCAUGCACCUCAACUCGCUGCGGCAGCAACGGCUCUUCACAGACGUCAUGCUCCAUGCAGGCAGCCGCUCCUUCCCCUGCCAUCGCGCCGUGCUGGCUGCCUGCAGCCGCUACUUUGAGGCCAUGUUCAGCGGCGGGCUGAGGGAGAGCCAGGCCAGUGAGGUUGACUUCCGUGACUCCAUCCACCCAGAGGUUUUAGAGCUCCUGCUGGAUUACGCAUACUCAUCGCGUGUGGUCAUCAAUGAGGAGAAUGCAGAGUCACUACUGGAGGCUGGGGACAUGCUAGAGUUUCAGGACAUCCGGGACGCCUGUGCUGAAUUCCUAGAGAGAAACCUUCAUCCAACUAACUGUCUUGGCAUGCUGUUGCUGUCGGAUGCCCACCAGUGCACCAAGCUGUCAGAGCUCUCCUGGGGCAUGUGCCUCAGCAACUUUCCUGCAAUUUGCAAGACAGAGGACUUCCUCCAAUUGCCCAAAGAUAUGGUGGUGCAGCUUUUGUCACAUGAGGAGCUAGAGACGGAAGAUGAGAGACUGGUUUAUGAAGCUGCGCUUAACUGGAUCAACUAUGACCUGGAAAAGAGGCACUGCCACCUUCCGGAGCUCCUGAGAACGGUCCGUCUGGCCCUGCUGCCUGCCAUCUUUCUCAUGGAGAACGUUUCAACAGAAGAGCUGAUCAACGCAAAGCCCAAGAGCAAGGAGCUGGUGGAUGAAGCCAUCCGCUGUAAGCUGAAGAUCCUGCAGAAUGAUGGCGUAGUGAACAGCCCAUGUGCUCGACCGAGAAAGACCAGCCAUGCCCUAUUCCUUCUGGGAGGGCAGACUUUUAUGUGUGACAAGUUGUACCUGGUGGACCAGAAAGCCAAAGAGAUCAUCCCCAAGGCCGACAUUCCCAGUCCCAGAAAGGAGUUCAGUGCCUGCGCUAUCGGCUGUAAGGUGUAUAUCACUGGCGGUAGAGGCUCAGAGAAUGGUGUGUCCAAAGAUGUGUGGGUCUACGAUACCGUCCACGAGGAAUGGUCAAAGGCAGCACCCAUGCUCAUUGCCAGGUUUGGGCACGGCUCUGCGGAGCUGAAACACUGCCUCUACGUGGUUGGAGGUCACACGGCAGCGACUGGCUGCCUCCCAGCUUCGCCGUCUGUAUCACUCAAACAGGUAGAGCAGUUUGAUCCAGUAGCAAACAAGUGGACCAUGGUGGCUCCUUUGAGAGAGGGUGUCAGCAACGCAGCUGUGGUCAGCGUCAAGCUCAAGCUCUUUGCCUUCGGAGGAACCAGCGUCACCCACGACAAGCUGCCCAAGGUGCAGUGCUAUGACCCGCAGGAGAACCGAUGGUCUGUGCCCGCGUCCUGCCCGCAGCCGUGGCGCUACACUGCCGCUGCAGUGCUGGGAAACCAGAUCUUCGUCAUGGGCGGGGACACAGAGUUCUCAGCAUGCUCGGCUUAUAAGUUCAGCAGUGAGAGCUACCAGUGGACUAAAGUGGGCGACGUGACAGCCAAGCGGAUGAGCUGCCAGGCUGUGGCGUCGGGGAACAAACUGUAUGUGGUGGGUGGGUACUUUGGCACUCAGCGGUGUAAAACUCUGGACUGCUAUGACCCGACGCUGGAUGCGUGGAACAGCAUCACUACUGUGCCAUAUUCGCUCAUUCCAACUGCGUUCGUCAGCACCUGGAAACAUCUGCCUGCUUGAGACCCGAACCCUCUACCUACACCCUUUCCAUGAGAUUUCCCCCGUUUUGCAUCAUCUACUGGACUCCAACUGUGAAGAAGCACACAUUAUCUUACUCUAAAAGAGACACUGAGCAGUGAUGUACAGACACCGGCAUUCAUCUUCAUGUUGCAAAAGACGCAGAGACCGGACAAAAGCCGGACGCUUUACUGGAACGAUGUCGCCUCUCGUUUCCGAGAGGGAAGCUUGAGGCUUACAGUACAGUACACCAAACAAACAAACAAACAAACUGCUGCUUGCUAUAUGAGCCACAAACUCCGACCUUGUGUACAUCUGACAUAUCAGACUUGUGCUUUCAUGCUGCCAUACGAAGACUGCAAACAUUACACAACCUGCAUUUUUCCUCAUUUAGUCAUGAUGGGCUUGUGAGGAUCUUUAUUGAUGUUUUUCUCUAUGAUAAAAAAAAAUACUCUUUUCAUCAAGGCUGCAGUGUAUAGCAUGAUGGAUGUUCUAUUUAGGCUGAGGGAGGGAGUAUGCAAUGAUUGGUGUGCUAAAGGACAGUUUGACUGAAUAUAGCUGAUUUUUUAAAGGCACAAUGAAGGAGCAAAUCACCCUCUUCUCUCCUCUAAUAAGCUCUUUUGUUUGACCCCUUAUAUCUUUUUUUCCACUGCUAUUAAAGACGUGCUCUGACACAGAAGCAAAACCAUCGAGUGCUCCUCUUAUGAAGGCUUUGGCAGUUUGCUGUCACUGCGAGGUGUUGACGACCAACACCAGCUGAGGUUGAAGGAGGAUGGAAGGGAUGUGUGCGUGGCCGGUGGGGGGUCGAGGUGCCUCGAGGUCACGACCCUUAAAUGUUUUCUGUUCCUCAGCUACGCAUUAACGCCCGCUGAGCGCCGGUUAACUAACCCACUGUACACAGUGUUUGGAUUCAUCGCUUCAGAAAGAACACUGUCACAUUCAGCUGUGCGCUUAAUGCUGUAAAAGACCGGCUGUGCUUCUGUUAUUCUGAUAAAAGCAGUCGCUCGCUUGCUGAGUCAUGGCUGAACCCUUUCAAGAGCAUGUCCACUCAUAGUGAUUCAGUAAAAACUGGCAUGAACUCUUUUCUGUGGUCACAGAAAUCUUGUCACCUUAACCUGAACUGAGAAUGAAUCAGUUUCUUUUUAAAAACUCGCUGCAAUGUAGUCUUAAUUUAUAUGACAAUGAUUACUCUGUUAUGUUAAUAUGUUUAAUCCUAUUUAUUUCUUCUUCUGCCUGCAUUCUUAUGUGAAUGUAUGUUCGGGUUAUGUUAUGCAUGGCCAGGUGUUGUGUUUUUAUUUGAUCUCAGUUGGGCUGCAUUUUGCACAAUUCAGUCUUUCCCAGUAGGAACUUCUUUUUAAAGAGACAGAUGUGAGACUCUCACAGAGUGUGGAUGGGAGAGGGAGAACGGCUCGGAUUACUGAUGGUGUAACGCAGUUCAGGCCGUAAGGUUGCUGCCCAAAUAAGAAGACUGAACAGGGUUAAAAUAAAUUUUCAUUUUCUCUUUUAUGGGAGACACUACAGGUUAAUAGGAUAAAAAGUUUUAACUAUAACUCACCAUAAAAUCUUCCCCAGAUGAUUACUUACAUUAAGAAAAUAUAUUUUUUGCAUGUUUAAAUAUGCAAAUGAGGCAUUAUCAUAUUAAAAAUAGUUUAACUUUUGUUGAAAUUGGAUCUUUUUUUAUCCCUUCAAGAAAAUACUGUCAACAGCCAUAAAAAAAAAUCUAAAUCAUGUUUUUAGGAAUAAAAUGUCACACAAAUCAGGCCGUGAAUGAUACAUGUGAGAUUUCUGGCUCAGAGUUUGAGAAAUAUAACUAAUAGAUAUCUUACUGACUUCCCCAGUUUAUUAUUUGCAUUGACAUUAUUUUUGUGUUACACGUUUUCUGAAAUGUUAUGUGUAAAUAUGCAAAUGAGGCAUCAUCUAAUAUUAAUUUUAGGUGUAUUUAAGAGAAAUCUAAAGACGCAAACAGCCAAAGUGUAGUAAAACAAAAACCUAUUUCCACUAGUCUGAAAGAAGAUGUGUUAUGGAAGGAAAAUAGCCCAGAAUCUCAAAAUUGACCAGUGGAUUAAAACAUGUUUUUGCCUGUAGUGUCUCACCUUAAGCUCUAACCUGGGUCCAAGACUGUCUCAAACAAAACAGGAAGAUAUGAACCAGAAAACAGAUAAGGCUGCUGGAACGGUGCAGAGUGUGACCCAGUAACUAAUCCUGACAUGGCUAAGAAUGUGACAGUCU